AAUUAAAGUAAUGCAUGUAAACGACUGAUAAGUCUCGUGUAUUGUUAAUUUGGAAACACCAUGGAAAAGCAAUACACAGUAAAAUUCUUUACAUCGUUUGUGGACCAUUUACAAGAACUCUGCAGAACAUCCUUUCAGUUUGACCAGACAGUUGAAGUGAGUGGAUACAUCUGUAUUGAGGUGGACAAUUCUAAAAAAGAACGCUACGUCUUAAGUGAGGUGAUUCAUAACUACGGAAAUGUUGUCAGUGAAAGCUUCUGUCACAAGGCUUUUAAGACGACCACAAAGAGUCUUCAGUAUGGAAGGCCGCAGCCUGCUCAUGGCAAGUCAUUCCCCUUUGAAAAGGAAAACAAUGCACACCGACUGGUGGAUGAUGGUAGCAGUAGUUACCAGAGAAGCCGCCUGAAGUCGAGAAGCAGGGACGAAGCAAUGGCAGGAUAUGCUUAUUCAGCAUCUCCAGCACAUCACAAUGCAAGUAAGCUGCACCUCCAUCACAGAUCACCUCAUCCACCUGAUCGAGGUGGGGACAUCUCGGUCCAGCACGCAGUACGGGCAACAAAGGAAGAACGAUCUUCACACACACAGUCCUGUCAGUAUCAAUCCAGUUCUAAACUUCCAAGUUUUGCAGAAAUGGCCGGCCAACCUCCAAAUCCUAAGAUGGCUCGCAUGUCUGCCACCACUGACUGGGUUGGACUAGUUCCCUCUGUGACCCAUUUAAUACCACACCAAUCUCUUGGAAACUCUACUGUUGGCAGUGCCAGUGGCAUAUAUACCUCAUCGUCAAACACAGCUGUCGAACAUUCUUUACCCUUGAUGUCACCUACCCUGUCCAGGAACCAGCCACAGUCCAGUAGAACUCCAGAACGCAGGAGUUCAGGCGCAUCAUCCUCGGCCGUGUCUCUGGGAGAGGAAAGUGAUCGCAUUAUUGAAAUUGACUUGGAUGAAUACGAGGAUGAUGAUCUGAGUCACGUGAAUUCCAACAUAAGCAGCAUUACUGGAAAUCCAGGACAUAUUAGUCAGUUUCGAAACUCAAGGGACUUCGCUCCAGAUCGUCCCAAAACAGAAAGAUUCAUUCAGGCUAAUAUUAGGUACGCUUUAAAUUUGAUAACCCAGUUUCUAGAGGCUCGUGGUGAGAAGCGGCAGAUCCACUCAAUUCCCCCAGAUGAGCUCGACAGCUACCUCUCCGUCUUCUACACCACUGUGCGUAAAAGCAACGGUGACGAGUUUCAACCCACCUCUUUCAAAACCGUUCAGAAUCACAUUGACCGAUACCUCAGGGAAAACAAGUAUCCAUAUUCAAUAACAAAAGACUCUGUGUUUGAACAGUCGCAGGCAGCAUUCAGAAAGAAGCGCGAUCAGCUGAUUCAGACGGGAGCGGGGACGUCGAGAAGUAAUCCAAUGAAGCAUGGCGAUGUGGACGUGCUGUUUGAGAAGAAGCAGCUGGGAGGACACACGCCUAACUCGCUCAUCAACACCAUGUGGUUCAUGAACAGUGCUUUCUUUGGAAUUUCCUCCCACCACGAGCACCACAGUCUGAACUGGGGCGACAUCCUGCUGGGUCGAGAUCCAAGCGGCAAGGAGUGUCUGACCUACAUUUGCCGAACUCAGCCCAACAAAGUUCUCACGAUUUACGCACAGCCGGAGACGCCCACCAAGUGUUUCUUGUCCUUCUAUAAACAGUACAUGGCUGCAAGACCCCAGGACAUGCUCGGUCCUCAUGCUCCGUUCUAUCUUGCUAUAAACUCGGCCUGUACACUGGAUGAUGGCGACGAUAUGGGAAAAGUGUACAAGUCUGAACGUAUCUGCCCAGAACGCCUGAUGAAUGUCGUACAAAUGAUGAUAGCGGCUGAUCCGGACAACCAGCUGAGUAACUACGGCAUUGAAACAGUUGAACGUGGGAAACAAGUUCGUGCUGGCGACAACCAGCCAAGUAAUGGUAGUCACCAAAUGAAUAACGAAAGGCUCCAAAGAGAGAGGGAUAGUUGUCAGGUUGACAAGGAAAGGAGUAGUCAUCUAGCUGAUAACGAAGGCUGCCAGACGGACAGCGCCAAUCAGCAAGUUGCUGUUGGUAACGAAGAUCGCCAAACCGACAGCAGUGAUAAGCAGAUCGGUAACGAAAGGCGUCAAACUGAUGACCACUGUCCGCAAGUGACUAACGACGAUCACCAGUUGAUGGGUGGUGGUACUAAUAUUGACUGUCAGCAAGUAACGAACGACGAUCCCCAGUAUAUGGAUGGUGGUAUUAAUAUUGACUGCGAGGGUCGCAAACUUGACGACGAUUAUCCACAUGUCAAAAGCGAACUGGAGCCUGUCUCCUUUGAGAUGGACUCUUUGUCGGAGGAUAUGGACAGCUAAACUGUGUAGCCGCUGAAGUCUUUAGCCAUAUGGUUAGGUGGCAAAGAAAGGAAUGUUUAAUAACACCCCAGCACAUGAUUUAAUCAGCGCCAAUUGGGGAUCAAGAACGUGGUUGUUCCAAGGCUUGGCCUCGGAUUAUGCCAAAGAAGAAUAAUCUUGUUUCCUCCACAUGGGUUAAAAUCUUACAUGUCGCGUUAUUUUUGGGCCUGUAGGAGAACAUUUUAGUCAAAACAUAGUAAUACAGUUGUGAGAAUCGAACUCGUUAUUUUAAGAUUUCAAGCGUUAACGUCAGUCACCAAGGCUUUAUCAUGGUAAAAGGUGUUCGUACUGCACGAAACCUUGAGACUAUUCUUGGAAUUAAGGAUGUUACAGGCGCAGUGUUACGCCACCAGCUUUAGGGUGGUAAAUGUAGGUACGUGUUUCGUAUCACAUUUUAAGAUCCAACUUUCAUGGGUGCAUAGCUUAGUAAGAAGUUGUUAUUCCACUACACCGACUUGAACUAAUCUCUAACUGUUCUCGGCGCCUAUUUAUCAAAGACUGAAAAUAUGGAAAAUAUUUUUAUGCACAUGAUUUUUAUUUAUAUCAUUUGUUUUAUUUCCCCUAUGUUAUUAUGUGUUUAUAAAUAGAAGGGAUUGCCUUAAAGACCACGGAUAACUUGCAUAAAAACUUCAGAUCUUUGACAAAUACGGCUCCUGAACAGACAGCCCAAGAUAAGGUGGCUUGAAAUUUUUAUUAGCUAUAUUAUGUACGGAAGUAAAUUAAAAUGAAUGAAUGAGUGGAUUGAAACCAGCUAAAUGUACAUAAGAGAAGUAAAAUUGAAUUACCAAGUCGCCAUUUUAUUGAUUAGCAAUAUAGUUCAGAACAUUAGGUCAUUAUAAAUUAAAGAUCGAUUUUA